CUCUUUUCGAUUCAGCGUGUUACGUGAAAAUGACGUCACGUUUGCACGACGUCUAGUGAACUGUUGGUUACCACGCUUUGCAGGCUGUGACGUCAGACGCCAAACUGGAUCACUUCACAGUAGCCGGUGCAUUCGGAGAAGCCAACAGGAAAUGACUAGCGGAAGACGGCCGCCUUCUACAACGGAAAAGAUGCGAAAUUCCCAGCAGGGAAGCCGAGCCGGCUGCUUACGCAGCUUGCUCCCUGUAAGGCUCAUAUCUCGGCUGUCAAGCACGUCGUUGACACGCAAAAAGUGGUCAGUUAAUAAUUAGGCUCCUACAUGUGAUGUAUUGUGUAACAACGGUGGUCGUGUAAGCUGUAAAAAUGGGGGUCAUCGAAAGCGAUGCCAGUGAAACAAGUGAUCCGUCUGCUUCAAGACUGGCCGAUACAGACUCAGAGUCGGAAUCUGACUAUGUUACAAAGCAUUGUCGCAUUACGUAUCUAGCAAUGCUACUACCGAUGAUUUCCAUAAUAACUCACAUUGCAGACGUUGCACUGGAUGCUAAUCUGGCGUAUUCUUAUUACGUUAGCGCCGAAUAUGUUCACUUCAGGUUAACACUUCUGUUUAUAUUGUUUCCAGCAUUCGUCAACACCGUGAUUAGCGCAAGAAUGUAUGUUGCGGAUGAAUAUAAUAUGACACUUUCUAAGAUAGCGACAAAGAGAUGGCUACUCAGAAUUUUUGUGCUGUUUUUCCAGAUGGCACCAAUUUUAAGACAUUGUGAAGUUCUGGUGUAUGCUUGGAAAUCGUGGAAAGCAGCGAAAGAGAAAGACUUCGCAAACCAGCGUCAAUAUUAUGAACUGAUGGUGAAAGAGGAUGCUGAUGCAGCACUUCUGCGUCUCUUUGAAUGUUUCCUGGAAGCAGCACCUCAACAGGUUUUACAGGGAACCAUUAUUUUAACAAGAACAAAAGAGGUUUCAACUUUUACAUAUGACAGUCAGAUGGCAUCUUUCGGAAGCUCCAUGUUAAAUAUCGGCUGGUCUGUGGCCUCCUAUCAAAGAGUAAUACGGUUAGCACAACAAGACAAAGAAAACAUCACAUGGAAAGGAACAAUUAUACAGUUCCUCUGGCAUUUCAUGGUUACUGGAGAUACCACACAUCCAUUCUGGAAGAGGCCACAGUGCAUCACGUUGAAGAGAACCUGUCAACGAGUAUACGAGCCAUUGUGCGUGCAAAGGAUGUUGCUCCCAGCACCGUCUGUUUCGAGAAUUCUGUCAAUUUCUGUGGCUUCGGUGACAUUUCCUACAGAGACUGCUGUGGUGUGUGGUGUGCACUGGUUAAUCGUGACAGUCUGGCUGUCACUGUGGGAACGCACAAACUUCUGCUUCUCACAGAAAGUAUCUGCAACGAAACAGCGAGCUGCGGAGAUACUCUUCUGCUCCGUCCUCGGCCUCGUCUACAUUUUUACGUACAUCGCACCAAAGGAUGGGCAGAACAGGAUUCGGUACUCCAUCUACUACACAAUCUGCUUUGCAGAGAACGUCAUGGCGGCGGUGACAGUGUGGGCCACAGCAGACACGACAAUGCGAAACGAGUGGUACUUCUAUCCACUUUUGUUAGGGUGUAUUGUGCCUUUUGUGACAGGUAUAGGUUUUAUGCUUCUCUAUUACUCGUGUUUUCACCCAGUACUGCAAAGGGUGAAGUGUUGUGAUAAAUCCAACAACAGGAACCAAACAGGAGACAGGGGGCUGCGCUCUACUAGGUCUGGCAGUUUGGGAAGGAACUUACUGACACAGGAACCUAGCAAUGAGUCUGUCAAUGAAGCUGGUGACACUUAGUGAACUGGCAGCUAGUGGUUGUGCCAAAGUGCUAAGAAUUGAGGCAAAAUCUUAUGAGGAGUCACAGCAGGAUAAUGGUGAAGAAACUGUGCAAAGCAGUAGACAUGAUGUACCUCUUCUACCCAAUAUUGAAGUACACCACUGUAACAAUGGGCCACAAAGUACUGUUUUUAGUCAGUGUAAGGUUUUUUACUGAAGCGUUCUUUCUUUAUUCAUAUAGCAGGUGAAAUACAUAUACUCAUUAUUUGUUUAUAAAAUUUGUUUUCCGUGCUGCUCAAAUGAUUCCCUGGGAUUUUUAAAAUUUUGUAAUGUACAUGUUGAGCAGUAAGUGUCAAGCACUCACCUAUUG